GGACCGCGCCCCUCCCCCGCCGCCCGGCCCCAGCGGCCCCGCGGGAGCGGACGCGCGUGCGGUACUCGGUGACACCAUCAGUCAGUCCGUUGCAGCCCCCUGUGCCAGGAUGAUUCGAGGAUGUGGAUGAUCUGGAGUCCAUCUAAAGCCUGGUCGAGGUCCGCAUGCCGCCACCAUCCUGGCUCCUGUCCCCUAGCCCGGGCCGUGCAUUCCCUCCAGGAGGAAGCACUACAGUGAGUCUUCGGAGCCUGCAGAGCAAGCAAGUGGCCGACGACGGAGGGACCCCGGGCCAGCGGCUUCUCGGUUUGUUGGAAACAUUCUCCCGCAGCGGCUCUGCAAGAUGACCAGCCUGUUUCGCAGGAGCAGCAGCGGCAGCGGCGGUGGCGGGGCCACCGGGGCUCGCGGGGCCGGGACGGGGGCUGGAGAUGGCAGCACUGCCCCUCAGGAGCUCAACAACAGCCGGCCGGCACGCCAGGUGCGCCGCCUCGAGUUCAACCAGGCCAUGGACGACUUCAAGACUAUGUUUCCUAACAUGGACUACGACAUCAUCGAGUGCGUGCUGCGUGCCAACAGCGGAGCGGUGGACGCCACCAUAGACCAGCUGUUACAGAUGAACCUGGAGGCGGGUGGUGGCAGCGCCUAUGAGGACAGCUCGGACUCGGAGGACAGCAUCCCGCCGGAGAUCCUGGAAAGGACUCUGGAGCCCGAUAGUUCUGAGGAAGAGCCCCCACCUGUGUAUUCACCACCAGCGUACCACAUGCACGUGUUCGACAGGCCUUACCUGAUGGCUCCUCCGACCCCACCUCCCCGGAUUGAUGUCCCGGGCUCCGGACAACCUGCAAGCCAUAGGCGCUACAGAAACUGGAACCCACCCCUGCUGGGCAGCCUCCCUGAUGACUUCCUCCGAAUCCUACCCCAGCAGAUGGACAGCAUUCAGGGUCACCCCGGGGGCUCCAAGCCUAUGAGUAGAGAGGGAGGCCCACCUCCAGCGCCAGGGCCCGUGGCCUGUGACCAGGACAGCCGCUGGAAACAGUACCUGGAGGAUGAGAGAAUCGCCCUCUUCCUGCAGAAUGAGGAAUUCAUGAAGGAGCUGCAGAGAAACCGGGACUUCCUCCUCGCCCUGGAGAGAGACCGAUUGAAAUAUGAAUCCCAGAAAUCCAAACCCAGCAAUGCGGCGGUUGGAAAUGACGGUGGCUUUCCCUCCUCUGUCCCAGGAACCAGUGAUACCAACCCCACUGUGUCAGAAGAUGCCUUAUUCAGGGACAAGCUGAAACACAUGGGAAAAUCUACGCGCAGGAAGCUGUUUGAACUCGCCCGAGCCUUCUCCGAGAAGACCAAAAUGAGGAAGUCAAAGAAGAAACAUUUACCGAAGCUUCAGUCGCUGGGGGCUGCUGCAUCCACAGCCAACCUCUUGGAUGACGUGGAGGGCCACGCUUACGAGGAAGACUUCCAGGGUAGGCGGCAGGAGGUGCCUAAGGUGGAAGAGGCCCUAAGGGAAGGACAGUAAGAGGUGCCAGCAGCUUCACCUUGCCAGAGAUGUUCUGACUGGGUGGGGGCAACCAGAGAGCAGCACCAGUACCCCCCGCUGCAGCCCAGACAGACGGUGCUCGCACACCAAGGCUCAGGCUUCUUCAGCCACACAGUCCAGCCCAGCCACUGCCGCUUUCCACAGACAGGAGAAUUUUCAGAGCUGCUUGUGAUUGGAGGAGGGGCCUGGAGCCUUCGAGACAGCAGCCAGCCAGCCACAAACCCCACUUGUAGUCUGGCUCCUCCUCUAUAGGGGAUGAGCAGAAAUGCAGGAACCACCCCCCCUUUCCAAAAGAAAGAAAGAAAGAAAGAAAGAAAGAAAGAAAGAAAGAAAGAAAGAAAGAAAGAAAGAAAGAAAGAAGAAAAAAAGAAAAGAAAAGAAAAGAAAAGAGAAGAAAAAGAAGAAAGAUCCCAAGGUUGCAGUUUAGGAACUGACAAGAUGACCCAUGUGGAGCGCUUUGGGCCUGAAGAGAGUUCGGUUUCUUUCAUGUCGCUCCUGACCUGCCACAGUGGGUCCGAUCUAUACCCUCCCCCAAGCCCCUGUGGCCUCCCCCCCCAAAGGUCUCCUGCACCUCAGCCUUGUCGGGGACUGCUGACUCUUGGCUCCAACCCUGCACAGAACUCUGGACACUUAGGUCUUGUCAGGUCCAGUUUAUAGGGCUGCUUCUAUUAAGGGCUGGCUGUCACCUCCAGCAGCCUCCACUUGACCCAGCAGGGAUGGGGAGAGUGACCCCGGAGCUGGAGGAUUCUGUUUAGGCAGGGUCUUUAGGUAGGUCGAACACAGAAACUGGUUCUAAAUUUACAUCACAGUGGAGUACCCCAGGGGCUGGACCGGUCCUGCUGUUUUUUUUUUUUUGUUGUUGUUGUUGUUUUGUUUUGUUUUGUUUUUUGUAAGAUGGGAAGGUGCUGGAGUUUCAGAGUGGAGGUGACCCCAAGUGAAAAGGUGCAGACUGACGUGCAAGUUACCGAGGCUGCCAACCUGGGGCAGGGGAGUGGGGCGGCAAGCACCUAGAACAAGAACUUGCCCGGUGCCUCAGGAUGGAGAAACCAGAGGCGAUUUAAGGAACCCUCACCAACCACUGCCACAGGACGGAGGCCGCACCCGUGUCCCACUCGCCCCAUGACCUGGGAACGCGCUGACCAUUUAGAAAGAUCUGGGAAGUCUGGACAGGUGCGGCAGUCCUGGUUGAGAAUGGGAUCCGAUGCGUGGGUGGUGGGAGCUGCUAAGGAUUGGCAGAAAAUGGGAGCCUGGUGGGCAUGGGACCGCAAACGCCUCAACUCCUGCGGGUCAGUCGAGCUUCCCCGGGCUCGGAAGAGCGGUGCAUGCAGAGAGUGACCAAGUGGGGAAGCGUGCGCAGCCAGUCCGGGUAGGGGGUGGGGACCACGUUGGCUCCGAGCCAGGCCGUGAACCCUGGAGAGAAGGACAGCUACCCACCUCCAGGAGCCCCGGGAGGCUAAACUGAGCUCCAGACUGUCUGGGUUCUCCCUGCUCCAAGGCCGGGCGUACUCGGGGAAGCCCUAGGUUUGUGUGUGUCACUUUGUUAUUUUUUUCCCUCCAGUGUGUGUGUGUGUGUGUGUGUGUGUGUGUGUGUGUGUGUGUGUUUCCCCUUGGAGCUGUUUCAUAGGAAUUCCGGUAAUAAAGACUUGGUGUUCUCUUGGU